AUGCGUCUCCUAGCGGCCUGUAAUAGCAAUCUCGGCGCUGAUCCAUUACCACACGCUUUACUGUGUGGUAUUUUAGGCCACUCUUUAGUAUACGAACCGCUCGUGAAAUCCCAGUUCAGGGACGUAUGGCGGGAAGUUGUUGCUGCUGAAGAGGAAGAGUACAAGCAGCCCCGUCUACGUACUCUUCAAUUAGCUAUCUUGAGUCUCGCAACACGACCGAGUCAAGCGCAUGCGGUCAACGCAAUGUCUUUAGCUCGAUCGGUAUCAAUAGCACACAUGAUUGGCCUUCAUCUGGAUUGUUCUGAAUGGCGGUUGCCUCGAUGGGAAAGAUCCGUCCGCAAGAGAGUCUGGUGGGCUUUGGUUAUAUUAGAUAAGUGGAUUGCGAUGGUACAUGGGCGGCCAUCAUUAAUUCAUAAACACAAUCGAUCGGUACCACUACCAACCUUAGACGAUACAGAUUGGGGAGAAUUCUCAUCCUCAUUACAAGUUGAUGAAGACACUUUGAUCGAACACUCCAUGGCGAGUUUUAUUGGUCAAAGUGAAUUGGCAUUGAUUGUUGAAGAUAUGCUAGACCGAUUUUAUUCGCAAGAAUCGCAAAGACGAAACUCGACUGCUGCAGGGGAUGAUCUGAGAGAGCUGAGUGCGAAAUUGGAUGCUCUACAAGCCAGAUUGCCAGACUGUCUAAGAAGCGCCAAUGGGGUCUUGGUAGACCGACCUCCAGCAACAGGCAUACUUUCUAGGCUGCUUUCAAUUAACGUUUCUAGGCAAGCUCAAGCUAUAGAAGUAGGAUUAGAGCUGUGUGGGGAAUUCGUGGUGUUCUUGGAAAAUCUAAACCCAGGGGAAGAGUACGAUUCAUUUUGGUUACCACUUCGUGUUCAUCGCCAAAUCAAUUCUCUGGUCUGUCGGCCUAGCCUGACUGAGAAUCUAGCAAAGUGGUCGUCGACAUCCCUAGCGCUGGUCCGAAGAUUGGUCAAAACACUGAAUCAAGCAAAAGACAUUCAUAAAUGGGAAUUAGCAGAAUCGGCUAUGAUACGUGGUAACGAGUUGUUGAGGACAGCUUCGACUCUACUACCUGACUUGACGGACUUGGUGAAUGCGCCCAUCGAAGUCUCAAGUAACCAAACGUUCAAUUUUGACUUUCCUGAUUUCGGCGCUUUGACUGAUUCUUUUGGGUCGGAUUGGUCUUGGGCUUUGAAUCUAGGUGAAAUGAAAGCCUCGGGAUCGUAG